AUGGCAGAGGAGGCCCCAAAGAAGACAAGGCUAGAGAGACGCGCUGCUCCCCAGGAUGACUUGGGCCUCCAGGACAGCGUGUUCUCCUCCGAAAGCGACAACAGCCUGUACUUCACCUACAGUGGCCAGCCCAACACCUUGGAAGUCCGAGAUCUCAGCUACCAGGUGGAUACGGCCUCCCAGGUACCUUGGUUUAAGCAGCUGGCUCACUUCAAGAUGCCCUGGACGUCUCACAAGGACUCCUGUGAGCAGGGCAUUCAAAACCUGAGCUUCAAAAUGAGGAGUGGACAGAUGCUGGCUGUCAUAGGGAGCUCAGGUUGUGGGAGAGCCUCUUUGCUGGAUGUGAUCACUGGGCGAGGCCCUGGAGGCAAGAUUAAGUCAGGCCAAAUCUGGAUCAAUGGGCAGCCCAGCACAGCGCAGCUGGUGAGGAAGUGUGUGGCCCACGUGCGCCAGCAUGACCAGCUGCUCCCCAACCUGACCGUCCGGGAGACCUUGGCUUUCGUUGCCCAGCUGCGUCUGCCCAGAAACUUCUCCCAGGCCCAGCGCGACAAAAGGGUGGACGAUGUGAUCGCGGAGCUGCGGCUGCGGCAAUGCGCCAACACGCGCGUGGGCAACAUCUAUGUGCGGGGCGUGUCGGGGGGCGAGCGGCGCAGAGUCAGCAUCGGAGUGCAGCUGCUGUGGAACCCAGGAAUCCUUAUCCUGGAUGAACCCACCUCUGGGCUCGACAGUUUCACGGCCCACAACCUGGUGAAAACACUGUCUAGGCUGGCCAGAGGCAACAGACUAGUGCUCAUCUCCAUCCACCAGCCGCGCUCCGAUAUCUUCGGGCUGUUCGAUUUGGUCCUCCUGAUGACGUCUGGAACCACCAUCUACCUGGGGGCAGCCCAGCACAUGGUUCAGUAUUUCACCGCAGUCGGCCACCCCUGUCCCCGGUACAGCAACCCUGCUGACUACUAUGUGGACUUGACCAGCAUUGACAGACGAAGCAAAGAACAGGAAGUGGCCACCAGGGAGAAGGCUCGGUCCCUUGCGGUGUUGUUUAAAGAAAAAGUGCGUGGCUUUGAUGACUUUCUAUGGACAGCGGAGUCAAGGAAGCAGGGUGUGGACAUUUGUGUACAGAGCCCGGCUCCUGACACCAACCUAUUCCAGGCUCCCCUUAAGCUGCCCGGCCCCCUACAGCAGUUUGCCAUACUGAUACGUCGUCAGAUUUCCAACGACUUCCGAGACCUGCCAACCCUCCUCAUCCACGGGGCGGAGGCCUGCCUGAUGUCCCUGAUCAUAGGGUUCCUCUACUACGGCCACGGGGCUGUCCAGCUCUCCUUGACGGACACGGCAGCCCUCUUGUUCAUGAUCGGAGCUCUUGUCCCUUUCAACGUGAUCCUGGAUGUCAUCUCCAAAUGUCACUCAGAGAGGGCACUGCUCUACUAUGAACUAGAAGAUGGGCUGUACACGGCGGGGCCGUAUUUCUUUGCCAAGAUCCUGGGAGAGUUUCCUGAGCACUGUGUCUACAUCAUCAUCUAUGGAAUGCCCAUCUACUGGCUGGCCAACCUGCGCCCAGGCCUCGAGCCCUUCCUGCUGCACUUCCUGCUGGUGUGGCUGGUGGUCUUCUGCUGCCGGGUCAUGGCCCUGGCCGCCGCUGCCCUGCUCCCCACUUUUCACAUGUCCUCCUUCUUCGGCAACGCUCUCUACAACUCCUUCUACCUCACCGGGGGCUUCAUGAUAAGCUUGGACAAUCUGUGGACAGUGCCUGCGUUGAUUUCCAAGGUGUCCUUCCUCCGAUGGUGUUUUGAAGGGCUGAUGAAGAUCCAGUUUGGUGGGCACGCUUAUUACAUGGAAGCUGGCAACAUCACCAUCCGUAUCCCGGGAGACCUGAUCCUCAAUUCCAUGGGCCUGAACUCUUAUCCGCUCUACGCCAUCUACUUGUUCGUCAUUGGCAUCAGUUGUGGCUUCGUGAUCCUGUACUAUCUGUCCUUAAGGUUCAUCAAACAGAAAUCAAGUCAGGACUGGUGA